UUCCGCCUUUAUUCGGUAACGAUGGCCUAUGAUCUCGUACCCAUGUUUUUAAUUUGUUUAAUUAGCUAAUUUAUCCUAACGAAAAGUACAUCGACUCUCAGUUAUUCAAUAUCGCAUAUUCAAUUUCGAAAAGUAGCGGGUUUGACAACGCCACGCGGAUCGGGUGGAUCGGGUCACAUUUCUUCAGUAGCGUUCUAGGAGGGGCCGGUCGCAAGCCGGAAUGAUCGUGCAAGAUCAUUCUCCUCAUCUCAACGGAUGUGCAGGCAAACACUUUGCGAGUGGAUCUAAUAGCGCAAUUUAAAGAUGAAUUCAGUGGAAGAAGUAUACCGUAGCGGAUGGCCAUGGUUGAGAAAAUAUUCAAAAACUUUACAAAUUGGAGCGACAAUUUCGGGCAAUUUUUUAUUUCUUAAGAACGCCGGAUAUUCGAUGGAAAAGACCGCGAUGCUUUCGGCGGUUAUGCUAGGUGGUGUUACUCUACUCUGUUUCUUCAGUCGUCAACGGAAAAUAAAUGCACGGGAUCUUAUCGUUAUAACCGGUUGCAAUUCCGGUUUGGGUUAUAGUCUAGCGAUGCACUGUCGUGCCCAGGGUGCGGUGGUUUUGGGCGGAAUGCGCAAAGCAUCGGCAUCAACAGCCUCUAAUUCCAAUACUGCUGUCAAAGCAUUGGAGAACAAAGGCGUCAUCGUUCACCAUCUCGAUAUCACAAAUGAACAAUCUACUCAAGAUUUUCGAGAGAAAAUUAAAAAACUGUUAGAGGAACGGCAAUUAGUGUUGCGCGCCUUGGUGAAUAAUGCGGGAGUAAUGACUUUCGGUGAAUUCGAAUGGCAAACGCAAGAUCUCGCGGAGUACCAAAUAAACACAAACUUGCUGGGAACGAUGAGAAUCACGCGGGAAUUGAUGCCGAUUUUACGAAAAAAUAAUAGCAGGAUUAUCGUGAUAUCCAGCCAUUGCGCCGAUGAACCUUUGCCGGGAAUAAGCAUCUACGGAGCCACGAAGGCCGCCCUCCAUGCAUGGACCACCUCCCUCCGCGUAGAAAUUAGCAAAUAUGGGGUUGAAGUAGUCUCCUUUGUACCCGGUGGCUUUGUAACAGAAAGCAAUAUCAUGAAACGACAAAGGUUACAUUUUGAUGAGAUGAGAAAACACAUGUCGGAUGAAGCGAAACAAUUUUAUGGCAACUAUUUUAAUCGAUACGCAGAGUAUUUUUCCUUGGAUUCGAUUAUGAAAGAUGAAGACAAUGUAAAAGUCUUAUCGGAUCCAAAAAUUUAUGAAACCUUCGACAAUGCUCUUCUAGACAUUUAUCCUUCGACAGUUUAUAAAUGCGAGCCGUGGAGAUACUUUUUUUAUCGCAUAUUGUUCAAAAGCACCCCGAGAUGGAUACGUGACCGAUUGGUACAACGUUUCGUCGUAGUACCACCAUGGCAACCCAAUGAAUAAUAAAUUUUUUCUUAAUAGUUAAAUAGGAUUUUCCUUCUUCAUUUGUUACUUUUUGCAUUUUAUUCGAAAGAAGGAUGUUAUAAUAAUUCAUUAAAAAAUGAAUAUAUGCUGUAUACAUUU